ACUUCGUGAGCUUGCAACGCACACGUUAGCUAAAUAACAUAUUACUAUGCUACACCGCGAGCCAGAGCCAUGGCCACGCCAGCUAAACCCGCAAAGAAACCUCGACCUCCGCGCAGAAAGGCUUGCGGCAAUUGCGCCAAGUCCAAAGCCCGGUGCAGUCUAGAAAAGCCUGCGUGCUCGAGGUGCAGAUUAACAGACCGAACCUGUGUAUAUGAGCCAGCGGCGUUAGCAUCGGAGCAAGACAACUUGCACCUACCACAGGGAGGCUUAGAAGCGGAACCGGGUCGCUCAAAUUAUCUCUGCCCGUCUUUUGCUCUGGGUUCAAACUCUACUUCGACAACAUCACAAACGCCGAUUUCUCUGUCGGAUGCGAGUGCCCCUAGUUGGUCGCCUGUUGAUAAUACCAUCUGGUAUCCACCGAGCCAGCAAUUUCAGGGGCAAUCCCUCACGAAGACUCCAAUAAGUAACGAGCUCCACUUUGAAGACAUCGACCUGAUUCCCGCCUCGGAGGCAGACAACAUUCGCGCCCAAUGGUUAAGGCCUUAUUUCAGUACUACGCUCGACCGAACUGAGAUCCCAAAGGUCGUCCUUCCUUACACUACACAGUUUAUUAAACGGAUUUUGAGGACCUAUCCGCGGAAUAUGCUGAAAGAUGGACAUGUCCCCCCAAUAAUUCAUCCGGCCCAAGUGAAGGGGAGCGUGAUCCCUCGCGCACUAGCGAACUGCUAUAGUUUGGUACGAUUGUGGGAACACGCUGUCGCCGGAAGCGAGGAGGUAGUUUUGAGUACACUUACAAGGGAGAUGGAUAGGCUGUCUAGUGAGAGUCCGGAUCAACAUGACUACCAGCUCCUGUCCAGCUUCCAGGCUUACCUUAUGUACUCGAUCAUGAUGUACUUCUCCCCUCGAGGUAAUUUCUCUGAAAACACCAUGAUAACUCUCAUGGAUUUGGCCUUCCGCACUAGUCGACAUGGUCUCUCCUGCACAGCCGAAAUAAACCGGACCAAACCAACAUGGGAAUCCUGGAUUGUCGCUGCUGCAAAACGCCGUGCAGUCUUUAUUCUAUACAUCUUCAGUAGCAUAUAUAACGCGGACCGAAUGCUACCGAAUUUCAUCGCAGACGAGCUGAGAACGGUCUAUGUACCGGGUCAUAAGGCAUUGUGGGAAGCUGGAAACCGAGAGACGUGGAAUAAGGCGUAUGACCAAUACCUAUCCGACUGGGAAGAUGGAAGCUUGGUUAUCUCAGAGUUAUGGGCAUCCCCUGAGAAAGAAGAACCAAAGCGAAGGGAGAGAAUUGAACGUUGGGUUCAGACAGUGGAUGAAUUUGGAAUGAUGAUUUUUGCUGUCUGUGCUCAUAUCCAUGGCUGCUGACUUAAAUUGCGACUUCAAUAGAGUGUGGAAGGGUGGUACUGUUAUGCUAAGGGUUGUUGAUAUCUGUCUCAAUAGAUAGUUUUAUAUACAUCCUAGAUCCGACGGGUCGUGAGAUUGAUGUUUGAUGCCAAGGAGCCUGCAAUGGGCUCUGCAAAGAAAGACUGAUCCAGAGGAUGAAGGCGCGAGGCAUACCAGAGAAGCUGCCCCGGUGGAUCGAGGCUUUUGCUAGGAACGAACGGCGACCAUCCAGAUUUAUGGCAAGUGUCUGAGGCCCAAAGCCUUUGCAAUUUAUUCCGAGUAUAAGUUU